AUGUCGAUACAGGCAACGCCGGUAUUUGACCGUGAUUACCUACCGUCUGGAGGCCUGUCUAUCUGUUUGCAAGACGACGAAAACGACGACGAAAUACUAUGUUCAUCAAUAGAGCACAUUCCAGACGUUGCAAGGGACAUCCGCAAAGAUCCCGGGUUUCGCCAACUACCUCAACAGGUUGCUGUUCUUAGGAAGCAGAUAGAAGAUAUGAAAAACGACCGAAAGAAAAAUAGUUCCUCAUUGAGGAAGACUCGAACAGCCAUUGUUGAUGAAAUCAAAGCAAUUCGUAAAAUGAUCAACGGCAUUCUUGACAAGAUGGAGAAAACAACCGUUCAAGAAUUAGACCGUCUGGUAGCUGAUCAGGAGCUGUCCAUUAAGAAAGAUAUGGAAUCCUGCACACAGAUGCACGAUGAAUUAAAGAACAUCAUAGAUGACAUACAAAGCAAAGACUCAUCAGGCGAACCACCCCUAUAUAUUGGUUUCAAAAAAUGUGAAGAAAAAAUCAAACAAGCAAAAGAAAUUCUGCAAAACAUGUCAAGUGUUGUCAAAUACGAUUUAACUUUUGGUAAACAUAAUGGAAUAGAAGAUAACUUGUCUUCGAUGAAGACAUUUGGAGAGUUAAAUGAAUCGAAUGUUUUUGGUGCACAACCACGUUCAUCGCUAUUCCCGCGAGAUCAUGUAUUUGCUACAGAAGGUUACAAGGAGUACAACGUGAAGAUGAGUUCAGACAAAUAUAACUGUGAUAUUGAAGGGAUAUGUGGACUGCCUGGUGGAGAGAUUGUUAUUACAGACCCAAAAAACAGUAAAGUGAAACUCCUGGACCAGGAGUACAGGGUUGUCGACCACUGUGAUGUUCCUAAGUAUCCAUUUGACGUGUGCCACAUUGGCGGGAAUGAGGUUGCCGUUUGUGUUAACAAUGAUGAUAGACAUGAACUUCAUUUCAUUAACAUUACAAAAGGGAAACUUGUGACUACGAGAAAGUUAAGUUUCUCCCAUGAAUGUUACGGCGCAGCUCAUCACGGGAGCAACCUUUACAUUUCAUCACGCACCGCGCUGUACGUCUAUACGAUGACGGGGAAGCAGGUGAAGAAGCUGUACGAGGAUAAGACCGGUGGUGACACGGUGGAGAGAAUUGCCAUCAGUAACGACGGGAAGACUAUCUACAUCACAAACUUCUCAAACGAUCAACUUAUCACCCUGGACAACCUCGGCAACAAGCUGACCACAUUCACUGAUCCUGACUUGAGGGGACCUUGGGGAGUACACGUGACAACUGCUGGACACGUGUUCGUCUGCUGCUAUAAUUCCGACACAGUGCUGCAGGUUGACAAGGACGGGAAGACGAAGUUGGCCACACUGGCAAGGAAACAAGACGGAGUGCACUACCCUCGAGCUGUGUACUCCAGCAGUCGUACUUCCUCCCUGGUUGUCGGCGGAUACAAAGACACGCUUCUCGUUAUCAACGUACGAUAAACAAUAACAAUAGAUUCACUUACAAGUAACGAAAGAGAUCAUUAUUAUAACUGUUUUUUUUUAACUUAAACAUUUUGUGUUAGUAUUAGUUAACACGGAUAAAGAUUGUUCACUUUAACACACGAGUCAUAUUUGCUUUAACAUACAUAUACAUUUAUAUGUUACGUAUUACGCUUGCUUUUUGCUACAACGUUAUAAUGUUGAUCGUGCGCAUUUUAUUCAACUAUAUCAAUCUUGAUUUCAAAAUGUUAUUCACAUAUGUUAUAUA